AUGAUAUUCUCAUCUAGAGAGGAUGUCCAAAAAGCUACCAAACAAUAUCAUUUACAUAGGCACCAUGAGUUUUGUAAUGAGGAGACAAAAAGUAGAACAUAUGCCAUCAGGUGCAAAGACAUAAAGAGCAAUUGCAAGUGGAGAUUGCAUGCCUCACGGGGGAAAGGAAGUGAUAUAUGGAAAAUUACGCGAUAUAACAGACCGCAUACAUGUGUUAAUCCAUCACUGUCACAAUAUCAUAAGCAAUUAGAUAGCAAAUUUAUAUCUGAUUUCAUUCUCGCUAUUGUACGUGAACAACCCAGUGUGAAGAUAGGAGCGUUACAGUCCAAAAUCAAAGAUAAGAACCCUGAAAGUAUGUUCUUCAUUGAAGAUGAUCCUUUUUUUGUUAAUAAUAGAUUAGAUCUUGCUUAUCGGGUUUUCGAUAGAAUGUUUUGGGCAUAUAAACAAACAAUAGAAGGAUUCAAGAACUGUCGACCGGUUAUAUUCAUAGACUCAACUUUUUUAUAUGGAAAGCACAAAGGAUGUUUAUUUUGUGCAACAACACUUGAUAGUAGUAACCAUAUUUUCUCAAUUGCGUGGGCAAUAGUUGACAGUGAAAAUACAAGGAACUUGGAUUGGUUUAUGUCUUGUUUGAGGGUGUUUGUGACAGAUCAUAAAGGAAUAUGUGUUAUAUCAGAUAGACAUAUUGCCAUAAAAAAGUGUGUUGAUUAUUUGGACACACGCCGCACGACCCUCUGUGAGCAACUGCAAAUGGGCUUCAAAUUUACACCAGCAUGUCGUCAAAUAUUACUUGACAAUUUAAAUGAGCAAACUCAUAUAAUGUCUGAAUCUUUAACCGCGAUUGUGGUGAAUUUGAAGUUUGGAAGGGAAGAUCUAAAACGAAGCAUGUGGUCAAACUUGAUGAAAGGAUAUGCACAUGCGGGAAGUUUCAAGAAACACGCAUUCCAUGUUCCCAUGUGA